AGCUUGGUCUACAGUACGUGUUGCUGUUGCGUGCGCCCAGAAACUUGAGGAUGCAGGUAUGACGGCGGUGAAUGUAUCAUUCGCUGCGGCUGGAUUUUUGGGAGCAUACCAUUUAGGAGUAAUAGAGGCAAUACUGAGACAUGGAGAUAAGCUGCUUUGCUCUUUAAAAGCCUGUGCUGGAGCAUCAGCUGGUGCUUUAGCUGCCACUGUGAUGAUGAUUUCUCCUGAUAAACUACAGGAUUGUAAGGAAUUCACUUACAGCUUUGCCAGUAAUGUAAGAAGUCAGGGUUUAGGAGCAGUGACACCAGGAUAUGACUUCAUGCUUGAGCUGAGGGAAGGCAUAGAAGAGAUUCUACCACCCAAUGCACACCAGUUAGCCAAUGAACGAGUCCACAUUUCAAUAACAAACUCAAAGACGCUUAAGAACUCUUUAGUGUCCAGCUUUAAGUCGAGGGAAGACCUUGUUCAGGUUCUCUUGGCCAGCUGUUUUGUGCCCAUCUAUGCUGGUAUCAAGCCAGUGGAGUUCCAAGGGCAGAAAUGGAUAGAUGGAGGGUUUACAAACAGUCUUCCUGUUCUUCCUACGGGGCGCACAAUCAUGGUGUCACCAUUUAUUGGGCCGCAAAAUAUUUCACCCAUUCAUAAGGGGAGGAGUAAACUGGAACUCAGACUUGCCAACAUGAGUGUUGUGUUCUCGAAGGACAAUAUCAUAAGGUUGAACCAGGCCCUGUUUCCUCCCUCAUACCCCCGACUCAAAGCACUGGAACAAGAGGGAUACCAAGAUGCCAUUCGCUUUCUAAAGCAAGAAAGAUGGAUGCAGUAGUUGGUUUUAUUUAUUCUAACACAUGUCUAAAUUGUGCCAUAAUGACAUCCAACAGACAAUUUCUUUUUAUUUUGUGCAAUUGAACCAGUGCAAUAUUUUUAUUUUUCUGUGCAAUACUUAGUUUGGGCUGCAAUGUCUACAACAUUAUUGUCAUGAUGAGCAAUGUAUCAUGUAUUUGACAUCACACUGUUAUUUUUUGUAAACAGCAAUGGAAUGAAUAGAAGAAUGAUGCAUUAUACUAUACAACAUUGGUAGUAAACACUAACCAAUAAAGUGCAGCUUGAUAGUCACAAGCAAAAAAUUAGCAAAACAGAUUGGAUACCAAAGUUGCAUCCCUAAAAUAAUGAGCACCAAAGCCUGUAAGAGUAUUAUGGCCAUUGAGUUGUUAACAGUUGCAGUUUAAUAAAAUUUAACAUUAGUUAAUUUUA